CGGCCGGGAUACUACAAGGCCAUCGGCAUUGGCCUGGCGAUUGGCUCGGGUCUUUUUAUUGGAACGUCCUUUGUGCUCAAAAAGGUCGGCCUGCUAAAGGCAAACACAAAGUACAACGAAGCUGCCGGCGAAGGCUACAGCUACCUCAAGAACGCCUACUGGUGGGCGGGCAUGAUUCUCAUGAUCAUCGGCGAGGUCUGCAACUUUGUCGCAUACGCCUUCACCGACGCCAUCCUGGUUACACCGCUCGGUGCGCUCUCCGUCGUCAUCACCACCAUCCUGUCUGCCAUCUUCCUCAAGGAGCGACUCAGCCUGGUCGGCAAAGUGGCAUGCUUUCUCUGCAUCGUGGGGUCCGUCGUCAUCGUCAUGAACGCACCGCAGGAAUCCUCCGUCGCCAACAUUGAAGAGAUGCAAAAGUACGUCAUCACGCCGGGCUUUUUAUCCUACACGGGCGUCAUCAUUGUCGGGUCCGUCAUCGUCGCCUUCUUCGUCGGACCAAAAUAUGGUAAGAAGAAUAUGCUGGUCUACAUCUCCAUCUGCAGCUGGAUUGGAGGCUUGAGUGUCGUGUCGACUCAGGGCCUGGGCGCCGCCAUCAUCGCAUGGGCCGGCGGGCAGCCCGAGUACAAGCAGUGGUUCUUGUGGGUGCUGCUUGUUUUCGUUGUGGGCACUCUGCUUACCGAAAUUAUCUUCCUCAACAAAGCUCUCAAUCUCUUCAACGCCGCUAUCGUUACACCCACAUAUUAUGUCUAUUUUACUAGCACAACCAUCAUUACGUCUGCAGUCUUAUUUCAAGGUUUCAAGGGCACCGCCCAAUCUAUUGUUACCGUCGUGCUGGGAUUCCUUACUAUUUGCUCCGGCGUGGUCCUGCUACAGCUCUCCAAGUCUGCCAAGGAUGUCCCCGACGCUGCCGUAUUCAAUGGCGAUCUCGACCAGAUUCACACCAUUGCCGAACAGGCGCAGCCCGAGACGGAACCCAAAGCUGACGCAAUCCGAGGCGCAGCUGCUAUUAUCAGGCGCAUUUCCAACGCACGACUAAGGAUGGAAGCCGAGGAGCUCAGGCGUCUUCACGAAGAGAAGAUGGCCGAGAGCAUGGCUCCCAUCAGCGAAGAUGGGCAGCCGAUGUACGAGUGGGACGGCAUAAGGCGAAGACGAACUAUUGCGUCCAGUAUGCACACCAGGUCGACUAGGCUUUCAACGCCGAUUCCCCCUUCUCCAGCCCCGCCGAGAACUCCUCAUCCGCCGCUGGGCAUGUCCCAUUUCCCUACGGAAUCAGAGCUCGCAGAACAUGAACGCUCCCCCGGUGUCUUCUCCAGCAUUGCAGGAACAAUCCGUGGCCGUCGGGGCCACAACCAGCAUCACGUUCUCAGCGUCAGCGAAAUGGACGAGGAUGAAGAGGCGCAAUAUGGUACCGACAAGAUUCCCAGUCCGAUGCAUCCGCUCGCUCUCAAGCAUAUUACGUUACCCCAGCAGAAGCCUGAUGACGAAGCCGGUGCUUACUAUGGCCCGACCCGCGAGCACAUGUACUUUGGCCACGCAAACACCGACACCGAAUAUCGCGGCGCCGAAUCCGGCAGCGCCCCCCAUUUCCUCGCUCCGACUCCACCACCUCACGGAACACGGCGUCAGUUCUCUUUCAACAGGGUCUUCCGACGGACACCCCAG